AUGAUCUACUACAACAGCAAAAUUCAAUCUUUGAGGGAUGAGAAGAGAGCUCUUGAAACUGAGGAAUCGAAGGUGGGAGAAUCGGUUCAUCGAGCAAAAAAUAAUAUGCAACAUAUUAUACCUGAUGUUGAAAAUUGGCUGCAAAAUGUUGAUAAAAUAAAGAAAGAGGCAGAUGAAAUUUUUAAAGGUGCAACAAAUUCUGAAAUGCAGUGUCUAUUCCUUCGAUGUCCAAAUUUGAUGACCCGUCACUCGCUUGGCAGGAAAGCCACAGAGAAGACUAAGAAGGUUGCCAAACUCCUAGAGAAAGGUAAAUCAUUCCAAAAUGUGGCCGAACCUAGACAACCGGUGCAAAUACCUUCUCAAAACCCCCCCGGUGACUUUGGAGAUUUCAAAACAAGGAUAUCACGUAAAAACGAAAUCAUGGAUGCUCUAAAGGAUAAAGAUGUCAGCAUAAUUGGGAUAUGCGGCAUGGGUGGAGUAGGUAAGACGACAAUGGCAAGAGAAAUAGCUAACGAAGCCAAAAUUGACAAAUUAUUUGAUGAGUUUACAGGGGCAGAUAUAUCUGGAGAUCCAAAUGUAACUAAAAUUCAGGAUGAACUUGCUGAACGUCUCGAUUGGAACAUUAAACAUACUACUACUGAAAGUGUGAGAGCUGAACUACUUCGUGAAAGACUUAAAGGUGGUGAAAGUAAGAGCAUUCUCCUAAUAUUGGAUGAUGUUUGGGACGAUACUGUGCUGGAAACUGUAGGAGUUCCUGUUCCUUCAGCAGGGGAUGAUAAAGAGUUGAAAAUUCUAUUGACAUCACGCGAUAAAGAUGUGUGCAAAAGAAUGAAAGCUCAAAGGAUAUUCGAAGUCGAUACUUUAAAUGAAAAAGAAUCGUGGGAACUUUUCAAGGAGAAGGCAGAAAUUUCUGAUGAUGCAAUAGUCGGUAGAGCCCUCUGCGGAAAAGAAGAACAUGUGUGGAAGAAUGCGCUGGUAGAACUACGGAGUUCUACAGUGACCAAUAUCGAAGGAGUGCACAAGAAGGUGUACUCAAGGAUAGAGUUAAGCUACAACUAUCUAGAGAGUGAUGAAGCCAAGUCCUUGUUUCGUCUAUGCUCUCUGCAACCAGAAGUUUAUGGUAUUCCAAUUGAUGAUUUGGUUAGAUAUGCCUGGGGGCUAGAGUUGUUUAGAGGUACGACGACAUUGAUUGCAACCAGAGAUAAGGUAAAAGCGAUUGUUGAUCAUUUGAAAAGUCGCUACUUACUGCUCUCAAGUGAGUAUAAGGACCAUGUAAGAAUGCAUGAUGUUGUAAGAGAUGUUUACUUGCAAAUUGCAUCUAAAUACGAUAUGUUAUACACUGGUUUGAAGGAGUGGCCAAAACAUGAUAAAAAUAAAUUUUACAGUGGAAUUAGUCUGAAAUCGGGUGAGCUGAAUCAGCUUCCCAGUGGAUUAGAAUAUCCAACCCUAAAGUUUCUAUAUGUGACUUGCCAUAAGCAGUCGCUGAACAUAUCCAAAGAGUUUUUUGCCGAUAUGAAGGAACUCAGAGUUCUUGAUUUCACUGCUAUGAGGAUUCAAAUUCCAUCAUCAAUCCAACUAUUGACCAAUCUUCGAACUUUGUGCUUGGACCAUUGUACAUUAAGCACUGAAAAUUCUACCAUUGGGAAUUUAAAAAUGUUAGAAGUUCUCAGUUUUUAUGGCUCUACUCUCGAUCACUUCCCUGAAGAUAUAGCAGGACUUAGCAACCUAAGGUUAUUGGAUUUGAGGCUGAAGCACAGAUCUAGCCACCGUCCACUUCCAUCUGGUAUCUUAUUGCAAUUGAAGAAUCUGGAAGAAUUGUACAUGGGCGUGGUUGAAAUAAAAGAUGAUAAACUGGAACAACAAGGGUACAUUAUUAAGGAGAUAAGUUCAUUGAUUCAUCUUAAUACUUUCCAAAUUUCCACAAAUGAUCUUCCGUUUCUGCUGCAAAUAUUACAUGUUUUGUGUAUUGAGAAGUUGGAAAGAUUUCAUAUCGAAUUAGCUGACUUAGAGUAUGCUCAUGUGGAAAUCUUGAAAUAUUAUUGUUUCAAAAGGAGACUGCAUUUACGUGGCAUUAUUUGCACAAGUAUGCUUUCACAACCUGCAAUCAACUCAUUAAUGUUGAGAACCGACCAUCUUUCUAUAGAAAUGGACUUGAAUAAUCUCGAUGAUCUUUCUCAACAAGUGACGGAGAGGAAGAGUAUGUUAGAUGAAGAUAGCUUCGAGUAUCUGUAUGGAAAUCAUCCCAUAGGGGCACUUGAUGGAUUACAAGAGAUAAAUCUACGUGGCAUACCAAAAAUGAAACAUUUGUUCAAGGGUGUCAUCAAACCUCCAUCACUUCGCAAUCUUAUGUUUCUUACUAUUAAAGGAUGCCCCUCAUUGAAAAGCCUAUUUUCCGAGUCAGUUGCAUCAGGCAUGGUGAAUCUCCAAAGUUUAAGGAUUUUCAAUUGUGAGAUGUUAGAGGAAAUUGUUUCCGUGGACAUGGAACAAAAUGAAGUUACCCAAAUGCUUGAAUUCCCAAAACUACAGAAAAUCAUCCUUGCGGGUUUAAGAAAUUUUAAGAGCUUUAGCUGUGGAUCUAACAAGACUGUUGGUGUGCUCAACCCACUGUUCAAACAGGUUACAUUGCCUAACUUGGAGAUGUUGAGCAUUGAUGGACUGCACAUUACAAGGAUGUUUCCUAAAGGAAUUUGCAUCUUUAAGAAUUUGACAAAUCUUAGAGUUGAAAGAUGUGACAACAUAAGGUACUUAUUCUCACCUUCAAUGGCCAAUUCACUGGUGGUUCUGGAACAAGUGUCGGUUAAAAAAUGUAAAGCAAUUGAAGAAAUUAUUGGAAGACAAGAAGAAGACAACACUUCAAACAUCGAAAUCGUGGAAGAAGGAACGACAAGCGGAAUUGUGUUUCCUAAACUGAGAAAUCUAAAACUUUUUGAUCUUGAUAGAUUCAGAUUGCUUUCCUCUCAGAACUAUGAACUCGUAUUCCCUUCACUAGAGUAUUUGCGCAUUGAAAAUUGCCCUAUGGCGACAAAAUUGUGUUCAAGACAACUAUUGAGUGCACCAAAGCUUGAUAAAGUAUGGAUAAACGAUGAAAAAUCCACUGAUAUUUCAAAAUUCUUGGAUUUUGAAGGCUCAAUACAGAUGCUUGUAAUUCUGAGGGGGAGAUGUCACCCUGCCUUCUGGUGGAUUCCGGUUUCAACUGAAGGUACAAACCCAAGCCAAAGUCAUUUGUAUCCUAAAGCUUUUAUUUGUUUUGCACCUCCCAAAACUUCGUUUACGAAGCUUGUUCUCAAGAUGAAACCUGUCAUUUCCCUUUCUAAAGGUGUUAAGAAUGCGUUUCCUGUCUAA